GCGACCAGAUCUCUGUGAAUUUGUGGUGAUAUCCGCCGUCUGCACAUGCCUAACCCAUCCUCGCGGCAGUCGACUGAUGAGGCGUGUUUUCGAUGCAAGGGGGACGCUCCCGCCGGCUGCGGGUCGUGCAGAGGCACGGGCAAGACAGCACAUCACAUCGUCUAUCACGGCACCAACACGGAGGCGUCCAAAAACAUCGACCUGGACGGCUUCUCCCUCAGCCUCUCAGGCAUGUUCGGCCAGGCCUUCUACGUCACGGCCGACAGGUGCGCCAGCCCACGAACGCACAUCUAACACACUUUGAAUGCAGGCUGUGUGUUUCAGGUCGAAAUCUGUAGCAUUUGCACGCCGGAAGGUCAAGCUUGAGGGCGGCCAGGGAGUGGUGUACACGCUGCUUGUUGAUGUGGGCAACAUGAAGCAGCACAAUGCUUCAGGCGAGUCGUCAGAACGAAAAGGAUGGAAACCACGGACAUGCAGUAGCUUUGUGUGUGUGUGUGAGCAGGCUGUUAUGGUCGUCACAGGGCCGAGGGGUGUACCUGUCACGCUUGGCUGAAUGACGGCUACGACAGCCAGUAUGUGCCGCCCUGCCCGAAUGGCGUGAAGCGAGAGGAAACUGCACUCAGGUCUGUCGCACAAAUCAAAAGAACGCUCAAACGGG